CCGUGGAAGUGUAGUAACAACAGUUGCGAUGUACUUCGCGGAGAUCGAACGAUGUCAAUUGCAAGAGCGUUGCAGUGGCUAAUUUUGAAAACUUAUUCGUCGGGAAUAAUAUGUACGUGAAAUAUCGACGAAAAAUUAUCAUCGUCCGCUAUGACGAGGUAACGGACUUCCACAUCCAUCGCUAAUCGUCGCCGAUAUGUUACGCCAUACCGUCCAUAUAAUAUACGAUAAGAUAAACCUCUCCCUUGAUAUCACGAUAAGAUCGACGAUUCAUGCGAGUGUUAUACCGGUACACGUUGUAUCGCACUUGUAAACAUCGCGUUACAUUUCCUACCCUGUAAAUGAAGGAAGAACCAAAAGGCUGAGCCUCGAAAUCCCCGUAUUGCCCCAUCAGAGUGAACAGGGGUGUGAUUCAUAAUACCCUUUAUAAAAAAAUUACGAUGCGGCCAGAGAGCUGGAAGACUCUUUCGUUAGCCACCGCGGUACAGGUGCUGAGUGAGAGUGUCUUCUUCGCUCAAGGAAUUCUGGCCAGCGAGCAAAUCAGCAACGAACCACCUGGGCAGAAGGAUACUGACUGGGUGACGAUAUGCGUUCCCCUAUUUUACGCGGCCACGAGAAAUAUUUCUGAGUCGUGUUGGAGAUGGAUAUUCGGGGGUUACGGAGAUCGAAUGACAGCCUCCUUAGGGGCUGCUAUCAUUACCGUUUCUGUCGUCGCCGCGUCCUGCCAAGACGACGUAGUUGGAAAUGUAGGCUUCGUUAUUCUCGGAGGUGUUGGCAUGGGGCUGGUCCGUCUGCAGAUGAAACUAAUAAAGUCUAACUCAGGGGAUUCAGAGUACCCCCUUUGGGGCGCUGGAGUUUUUGGAAUCGGUCUCUCAUUAUGGCCAUUGCUGACAUGUCUUUUUGUCCGUAGUCUGGGGCCCAGAUACACAAUGGUGAUUUUAGCGGGAAUAACUCUACAUUCCUUGCCAUUGGCAAUUUUUGCACACCCAACUGGUAACGGUCGCGUUAAACUGCAAAGAAAUCAUUCACAGAACCGACAUACCGGCGUUACGCCUGCACGACCUCCAACAACAUCACCCAACACAAAUCUAAUACAAAAACAGGAAGUCAGAUUUGCCUAUCAGAUGAGCGAGUUGGAUUAUUAUAGAGUUCGACCUUCGUAUUACGUCGAUGUACUUCCUGGUAUCCCUGAGGAAUCGGAGUGCGAAAGUGACUGCGAGAAAGAGCGCGAAAAUCAGCGCAUUAUUCCAGAAGUCACAAAAACCAGUUUUGACUCGGAGAAAAUAAACGUGCGCCAGUCGAUACAAAAAGAUGGGAGAAAGAAAAGGUCUCUGGAAAUAGAAAGAGCGGAAAGACUAGCAGUUCACGGGCCCAGGAUCGAGCCUAAGCCUUUUGUCUAUACUCUUUUCGUAGCUACGAUCCUUCUGCGGCUCGGUGAUGAACUGAUCCUAACGAUAGCCAUUUCUCUAUUGCCAAUAUUCGCCGGCUUUUUUCUACCCGAACUUCGGAUACAGGAAAAAGCUUUUCUUAUGAGCCUUUGCGGAUUUUCCAGAAUUUUAGCUGAAUUCCCGAUUCUUGUGGUUUACAAAGACUCCAAGAAAGCCAAAGUCGGUUUGCUCUUUGGGCCUCUUCUCGCAGCCGUUGGUCUUUACUUUUCGUGGAACUCGGAAAGUCUGGACGCUCUAACGCUUGCCAGUUUUGGUACCGGAAUCGGUAGCGGUAUAGCUUCAGCGACUUUACAAAUCUUCGCGCCGAGAGAAUCUCCUAGUGUUUCUGACUUCGCCAAUAUCGUCAUCGGCGUUUUCCUUUUGGGCAUUGUACCUCUGGCGAGGAUCCUGAUACUGGGACACGCGAUAAAAGGAUGUCUUUUACUGGGCGCCGUAUUAUACGUAGCAGCCGCAAUCACCUCGGCAUUUAGUCUUCAAAAAACAGUUUGAACAAACGUUAGUGUGUCAUUUUGUGUGAAAUCGUGAGGCAAAGAAGUGAGAGAUUUUUUGAAGUCUAUACGUAUGCACAAUGCGCUUCACGAAUGAUACUCAAAUGCGGGACUCUAUAAAUUAGAGUUGAAGCAAAUGAGAUUCAAUCAUUCGUCUAAAUUUAGACUUAAUGUCAAAUACCUAUGCUUGAAUAUGUGAUACUCAAUAUCAGUCUCAUAAUUGUAAAUGUGAUCAAUUGAAAUGGUGAAAGUUUCAAUUGAAAAAGUCUCAUAUGUAUAA